AUGAAACCAUUGCUCCUACACAUCUCUUGCGUCGCUGAGAUGAUGCGAGCUCCAGUGCAUAUCGUGAGGCCAUGGUAUUACCGAGCCCAUGUGCGUCCCAGUGGGCUCUCCAUUCCCUCCUCAAAAGGGAUCCUCGCCAGACUGAACAGUAGCUCUUCUCAUAUUAGCACUGUCGAAACAGGUCAUAUUGAAGUGAAGGACGGUGAAGGGCUUAUUUUCGUGAACAAUAUCUUUCCUUCGCGGUUACAAUGGCUGCUACAAGGACCUCUUAGCGGUGGUCGGUCAUACGAACAAGUAUUGAAGCGUAUCGACAGACCACACCUAGCGGCUUCUGAUCCUUUACACAUAAUACGUCGCGUCUUUCCUCAAACAUUGGACAUCGAUAUUCGGGAGGUUAUCCCCCGUUUCAGAGAAGGCGGCGCCUUUGUGAAGUAUAACCGCAAGGAUGGACUCAAGGACUUGGACAUCGUGACCGCGAUACAGAAUCACCUCAAAGAACACCCUAUCAGGCCAUGGUUCAAUCCGUUUCAGGAGGUCAACGUGGCCCAUGUCCAUGGCAGGCCCUGGAUUGAGGACCUAUACCGCAUUCCCACCCCACGGCUGAGAGUGGAAUUCCUGCCUGCUUCCUCUGAUGGGACAGCAGGAGAGCCGACCACCGAGGCUCUGUACAGUGUGUUUCGCCGGUACGGCAAGUUAAAAGACAUCGAAAGGCAGCCGUCCGAUUCCAAAGUCACGCCCAGAUAUGCUUUCAUUGUGUUCUCCCGCGCGAGGAACGCCGUCAUGGCUAAGAACUGCGUGCACGGCUUCACCAUUCCGGAGCAUGAGGGUGGUGGAAAGUCCGGCACCCGGAUCAAGAUCAAGUAUGAAGCCAACAUCAAGUUGUCCAUGAUCAAGGACUGGCUCUUGAACCAUCCAAGGAUUGUAAUUCCCAUUAUUGCCGCCCUCAUCGCAGCCAUCACAGUAACUGUUUUUGACCCAAUCCGAACGUUCUUCAUUGAGAUGAAGAUCAAAGCGACCUUGCAAAAAGAAGAAAACAGCAUCUUGCGGUGGAUCAGAAACCAGGUGAACAAAGCCAAUAUCAUUUAUUUCGGCCGCCGCGGAUCUGAUCCGCGCCGGCUCACGGCUAUCUGGGAAGAUCGUCAAGGUGAUAUCGCUCAGCUACAGUCGUGGCUGAUGGAGAACGCUGAGACGUUCAUCGUCAUUCACGGACCUCGCGGCACCGGAAAGCGAGAGCUUGUUCUGGAUCGCGCCCUGGAAAACUACAGGUACAAGGUUGUCAUCGAUUGUAAGCAAAUUCAGGAUGCAAAAGGUGACACGGCAAAGAUUUCUCGUGCUGCUAGCCAAGUAGGAUACCGACCGGUCUUCUCCUGGAUGAACAGCAUGAGCAGCUUUAUCGAUCUGGCCGCUCAAGGUAUGAUUGGCACGAAAGCCGGGUUUUCAGAGACCUUGGAUGCUCAGCUCAGCAAGAUCUGGCAAAAUACUGCCACUGCCCUCAAGAAAGUUGCAUUGGAGAACAAGAAGAACGAUGAAAAAGAAGCCCAUCUAAGUGAUGAGGAAUACCUUGAGGCUCAUCCAGAGCAGAGGCCCGUGGUGGUUAUCGAUAAUUUCCUGCACAACUUCUCCGAGGACAGUGUCGUCUAUGACAAACUCACCGAAUGGGCCGCUGGUUUGACCACUGGGAAUAUAGCGCACGUCAUCUUUCUCACCACAGACGUCUCCUUCUCCAAGCCAUUGAGCAAAGCUCUACCCAACUCCGUGUUCCGGACCAUUUCCUUGGGCGACUGUUCACCGGAGGUAGGAAGGAAGUUUGUGCUCAGUCAUUUGGAAUACGAAUCAAAGACUGGCACGAAACAGACUCUCGACCUCGGUAACCUGUCAGACUUGGACAGCUGUAUACAGGUACUGGGAGGCCGGGUCACUGACCUUGAGUUCAUGGCGCGGCGGAUUGAAGCUGGAGAAACCCCUUUAGCUGCCGUCACCCGCAUAAUCGAACAGUCAGCCUCCGAGAUCUUGAAGAUGUUCAUCUUGGGGAGUGACACAACCUCAAAGCCGUGGACACAGGAACAGGCAUGGCACCUAAUCAAAACACUUGCCAACGCUAAGGAUGCGGCACUACCUUACAACCAGAUCCUGCUAUCCGACCUCUUCAAGGACAACGGUGAAGCAUCCUUGCGUGCUCUUGAGCAGGCGGAGUUGAUUUCUAUCAACUCAGUCAAUGGUUGCCCCGAUGUGGUCAAGCCUGGCAAGCCUGUGUACCGGGCCGUUUUCAAGCGUCUCACCGAGAACAAGACCUUGAGCAGCCGCCUAGAUCUCGAAAUUCUCAAACAGCUCAUUAGUGUCGAGAACAAAAGUAUAAGCAAGUACGAGGAGGAGUUGCAACUUCUAGGAACGCUGCCCAAGCAACCUUGGGAGCUCGCCAGCCGUAUUAAGUGGCUCCUAGGUAAGGUUUAUAGCUCACAAAACAAGGUAAGCAGCUAUUCUUCUGGUUUUGCGCAUUGUAUGACCAUCGUGGUGGACGGUCGAUCUAUUCAACCCCUGUCCCGGUCUGCACCAGCACUUUUCUUGAGGGGCAUCCGCCCUUGUGCUUGGGAAAUGGAAGGAUACGAUUUAGUCCCCGGGGGGCUUAUUCGCCUGGCACGCGAUGGCUUCAAUAGCGUGGGGUGGCCUACGUGGGUGGCUCUCCUGGUGUCCGUUUGCGUGGCGACUCGCCUCAUCAGCGGACUGCAAAGUCGCCUCGGUAGUGGAACCGAGGCGGGACCGACACGCUCGGUUCGGAUGGUGCCUUACUGGCUCCCUUGGAUAGGCCAUGGUAUAUCCUUCGCCCGGGACCAUGUGAAGCUGAUUGGGAAUGCCAGGGAAUCUAUGAACGAGCCUGUCUUCGGUAUUUAUAUGGGCGGCACGAAUCACAUCACUAUUGUCGCCCCUUCAUUAGUCAAAGCUGUGUUUACAGCACGAGGCAUCUCCUCGGCCGAUUUAAUGAACUAUGCCCUACGGACAGUCUUCGGUGACCGUGGUGCGCUCCGUAGUCUGAGCCCUGCAGACCACCAUGCGCUCAGUCACAGUGUGCCAAAUCUGCUCAUGCGUGAACCCUUCCUCACGGAAGGUACACGGACUGCUACCCGCUUGAUUGAACGCCAGACCCCUAAUUUGGUCACGAAUUGCCGGAGCAUAGUCGAUCAGAUGCAAUGGGAACGCGGCAGUCAGGCACUGGUGGUUGGACAGGAUGACAUUCUGGUCUGCGAGGUCAACUUCUUCGCCCUGAUUCGUCAUUUCGUUGGCCAUAUCACAACGGCUAUUUUCACAGGAGAGAGCAUUUUGGAAGCCAACCCAACCCUGCUUCCUGACGUCUUCACCCUUGACAAUCAUUUUCUUGCCGUAGCCACGGGCCUUCCUCGGCUAUCACAUCCCGGCAUAUCUGCAGCGCAUACUGCCCGUGACCGGCUGUUGGAAGUUCUGACGGAAUUUCAUAAAGCAUUCUUGGCGUGGGACGAUGGCCUGGAUCCUGGCGCCGAUUUCAGAGACCUGGAUGAUAUCUCAGAGCCUCUAAGGGAACGGAUACGGAAGUGCAAAAGCCUAGGACUUUCUGCCAGAUCAAGCGCUCCUGCACAUCUGUCUCUGCUCUGGGCCAUGAACUCAAACUCUCCCAACGUGGUCUUCUGGCAUCUCCUUCGCAUAUAUGCCGACAGUGCUCUCCUGGGUGAGAUUCGUCAAGAAAUCACUCCAUUCAUCAAGAUUACCCGACCGAGCAGGGAAGAAACUGGCCUUCCAUUCGACGAGCCUCCUCGCAUGUCCAUCGAUACAGAAGGCCUCAUCAAAUCAUGCCUUCUCCUGAAGGCUAGCUUUUAUGAGACUUUGCGCCUGGACUCUGCAUCUUUAUCAUUUCGAAAUGUCACAUCAGACUUCACUGUGACUGAAUCCGAAGAAGAUGCAGCUCUGGAUGGGUUAUCGCAGCCUCGUUCGUACAAAUUCAAGAAGGGUGAUGCUAUUGUCAUCCCUCACGCCGUCAUCCACAAUGACCACCGAUAUUUCUCUAAUCCUAGCCAGUUUGAUCCACUGAGGUUUGUCACGACCGACCCAGACACUGGCGAGAAGAAAGCAAGUAUGGACGUCAUCAAACCGUUUGGCGGGGGUGUGUCGGGGUGUAAAGGUCGCGCUUUUGCAGAACGAAAACUUCUGGCUUUCUCUGCCGCGAUCAUCGCCUUGUGGGACGUUGAACCCGCCCAGGGCAACGAUUUUGCCAUACCAGAGCAUAGACCAUCCGCUGCAGCUUUCUUGCCGAAGACUGAUAUCAGGGUACGAAUGCGGCAACGCAUCUAAUCAAAAAGGACUGAGUUCACAUUUGUCCUUGCAUAUACACGGUGUUUGAUUUAUGGUUGUUUGUAUAUACCAAAAUUCGAGAAGUUAUUCAUGAU